AGAGUGAGAUUAGAUUGAAACUGUUUUUGUUUCUUUUUGUCAUCCCUUACCUCUCACUUUGGGAACUGCUUCCUUCCUACUUUCACAGUUUUUGGAUUCUUUCCUUCUCACAAUUUUGGAUCCAUCACACACUUCCAACACAAUACAUUUCACUCUUCACUUUCCAAUCUCUCUCUCUCUCUCUCCCCAAAGUUCAAACCUUUUUUUGAAGAAGAAAAAAAAAAACCAUUGUUUCUUAGUUUCAAAACUUGAAGAACAACAUGAGAAAAAACCACCUUAAAUGGUGUUCCACUUAAGUGAGUUGUUAACUUCAAGUUACUUUCCCAAAAACCCAAAUAAGAAAAAAGAAAAAAAAAACUUUCUUUUCCACUUCCAUCACUAUUUUCAUUUGAAGUGAUUUUUUAAGCCAAUAGAUAUGUUAGAAGUAAACAUCCUAGUCCUGUACUUUGUUUUACUUGUUUGAAAUUUGUAUAAAGUUUAGAUUUUUAGGACUUUGGUUCUUGUAACAUAGAUGUGACUAGGAUCUUGUUUGGUUGGAGGAGAAUAUUUUCUUAUGUUUUGUUACUAGAUUGAUGUCAGAAACUAUGUAUCCUAAAUUGUUAUUUGAACAUACCCAUUUAAGGAUUCAUCAAAAAGAUGAAUACUUUAUGAAUUUUCCACCACCUUUACCACCACCACCACCACCACCAUCAUUACCAACACAAUCUUCACCAAGUUCUUCAACAAUAACACCACCAACAUCUUCUUCAUCUUCUAGUACUAAGAUUAGUCCAGCUGUUCUUUUCAUCAUAGUUGUUCUUGCUGUUCUUUUUUUCAUAUCUGGUUUACUUCAUUUACUUGUUAGAUUUCUCAUAAAGCAUCCAUCUUCAUCCUCUUCUAAUCAAUCUAAUAGACAACAACACCAUAACGAGAUUUCAACUUCUGAUGCACUUCAAAGACAGCUUCAACAGCUUUUCCAUCUUCAUGAUUCUGGUUUAGAUCAAGCUUUCAUUGAUGCACUUCCUGUUUUUCAAUUCAAGGAAAUUGUUGGUUUGAAUGAGCCUUUUGAUUGUGCUGUUUGUUUGUGCGAGUUUUCGGAGAAAGAUAAGCUGAGAUUGUUGCCUAUGUGUAGCCAUGCUUUUCAUAUAAGUUGUAUAGAUACUUGGUUGCUUUCGAAUUCAACUUGUCCUCUUUGUAGAGGAACACUUCAAACUAAUGGGUUUUCUAUUGAAAACCCGAUGUUCGAUUUCGAUGAUCUUAGAGAAGACGAUGGUUGUCCUUGUAACGGAGAAAACAGAUUUGGUAAUAGACAAAAGGAAAUUGUUGUUGAAGAUGUUGUUGAUAAAGGGGUUUUGCCAGUUCGGCUCGGGAAAUUCAAGAAGAUGAAUGUGGAAGUGGGUCGAGAGAACGAAGAAGUCGGUGAAACGAGUAGUAGUAAAUUGGAUGCAAGAAGAUGUUACUCAAUGGGAUCUUAUCAAUAUGUGGUUGGAAAUUCUGAGUUAAGGGUAACUUUGGAUGCAUUAAACCACGAAAGUAAAGUUCAUCAAGAUAGAAGAAUGAACAAAGGAAUCGAGAAUGGUGAGAAUCUUUGUGUGGAAAGUGAUUUGGAAGGAAAGAAGAUUAGUAAUGUUAGUAAAGGUGAAAGUUUUUCGAUUUCGAAGAUUUGGUUGUGGCCAAGGAAGGGGAAAUUUUCUUCAAGUUCUUUAGAAGCUCAUAAUGGUAUGGCAUUGCCAUCUUAUCUUAACAAAGAUUUGCAGCAUCAUGGAAUGAGGGAAACAGAUGGUGUAUGAAAGUAAUGAAAGGUAUCUUAUAUUAACUUUGUUUCUUCAUUCACUUGAAUAUUCAUUUCAAUCCAUUGAUUCGGUGUGCUAAUUUUGAGAUUGUGACAUGAUAUUUUGAUGUAUUGUUAGAGAGAAAAAUAUAAGAAAUACAGUUCCUUUCUUUCUUGGAAAAAAUCUUUUGACUUAAUUGUAUGAUGAAAUUGGAUUUGUGGUUGUAAAUGUUGAUAUGAUCUUACCAUAUAUGCGAGUCGAUUAUUAAUUCGAUACAAAAUUGAAUCUAGUCAAUAUGAAUCUUUAGUGUGUAUCUAUUUGGACAUGAAUCUUAUAUUGAAUCACGAUUGGAUUAUGUUGAAUCUUGAUUCAAAGUACGUGAUUGUUUUGGAUUAAAAGUGAAUUUGGCCAAAUCACAAAGCCACGAUGGUUUUGCGAAGCUUAUGCCAAAAUCACGGUGACUCAUUUUGAUUAUGCGAGUUUCAAUGUCAAUCCAAAUAUAUAUGUAGCCUAUGUUUGGUAACACGUUGGGCCAUUGCUGUUGCACGUUUAAGGUCCUUUGAUUUUGAUAAGUCGGUAUGGAUAGCUUCUGUCCCACUAUGAUUUUCAAGUUUUCCAAUCACAGAGUUUGCUACCGUGAUUCAUUUUGAAUAAUUGGUAUGUGUAGCUUCUGACUAUGAUUUUUAAGUUUUCCAAUCACGCAUAGUUUAAAUUAAUGUGUUUAAUUGUGACUCUGUCAAUCCCGAUUCAUUGUGAUUCUGUCAAUCUCACCGCAAAUCCAAACAUGCGCAAAAAGCAAAGAUUAUAAUGGAGAGAUCCAAGGUUGAAUAAGGCUUGGAGCCUAAACUGAUUCAAAGCAAGACUUGUCUCUUUCUAUGUCAAUGUUAACUCACCAUCACUAUGUCAAGUUGUUUACUAGAUCAUUGUGAGUGACAAUUACAUUUGCUUUAUAAAGCUUUUGAUUUUGUUUGA